AACGUUAUAGUACAUAUUUUUAUUUUAUCAAGUGAUCCUACAACGCAGAAAUGUCUCGGGACAGAUUUAACCUCAACGUUAGAGGAAAUAAUCGUGGAGCUGGAUUUCAACGCCGGGGAGGUGCUGGUCCGAUGCGAGGUGGAAUGGGUAACAUGAAUAAUUUCAGACAAAACCAACACCCUUUUCAAAGAGGGCCUCAUCCCGGCAACUUUGGAAAACCACCCAACCAGAUACCUCAGAUAACCCCUCAGAAGCCACCCACACCAACUCUUUCCCAGCCAGGCGCUCAAGCGAUUCGGCCACCACCUACUCCUGGCCCUGCGCUAACCAUGAAGGGCCCCAUACAGCAACAGCAGGCCGCUGCCACAGCAGCUACGGCAGCAGCAGCAACUCCGACGGCCGCCGCAGCAGCAGCAGCAACUCCGACGGCCGCAGCAGCAGCACCUCCGGUGGUCGCACCUCCGGCGGCCGCAGCAACAGCGCCGGCGGCUCAACCAAAAAUGCAGUCCCCACCUCCGAAGCCUGUUCCUCCGAAACCCGCACUUUCAUCUCCCCCACCAAACCAAAUUAAAAAACCCGCUCUCUCAUCUCCCCCACCAAACCAGAUGAAUAGGAACCAGCAAAGACCAGGACCCGGCAACGCCAAUGGAAAUAAAUCUGCACCCGCGAACAAAAAAACUGAACCUCAAACGCAGAAGAACACUUCAAAUGAGGCCGAGGAAGCCCACCCUCCCAAUGAGCUGAGAGCGACAUUGUCCUCGUUGCGCAGACCUGGCGAGAAGACAUACACUCAACGAUGCCGCCUUUUCAUUGGAAACCUUCCCAACGAUAUCUCAGAUGACACAUUCAAGAAGCUGUUUGCGAAGUAUGGCGAGCCCAGUGAGAUUUUCAUCAACAAAAACAAAGGCUUUGGCUUCAUACGCCUCGAAUCCCGUGCAUUGGCUGAGAUAGCUAAAGCUGAGCUGGAUGAUGUACCCAUGAAAGGCAGACCGCUUCGGGUGCGUUUUGCGACUCACUCGGCUGCACUGUCUGUGAAGAACUUAUCACCUUUUGUUUCCAAUGAGCUACUGGAGGAGGCCUUUUCCCAGUUUGGAGUGGUAGAGAGGGCUGUGGUAAUUGUAGAUGAUCGCGGGCGCUCCACUGGCAAGGGCAUUGUCGAAUUUGCCUCUAAACCUGCUGCACGAAAGGCCCUGGAUCGUUGCAAUGAUGGAGUCUUCUUGCUCACCACGUCACCUCGUCCAAUCGUUGUUGAGCCCCUUGAACAAUACGAUGAUGAGGAUGGUCUACCAGAGAAACUGGCACAGAAGAACCACAACUAUCAUAAGGAGCGGGAGGAGCCACCCAGGUUUGCCCGUCCUGGCACGUUUGAGUUUGAAUACUCUAAGCGUUGGAAGUCCCUGGACGACAUGGAGAAGCAGCAGCGCCAGCAAGUGGAGAAGAACAUCCGCGAAGCCCGCGAGAAACUGGAGGGCGAGAUGGACGAUGCUUUCCAUGUGCACCAGGCCAACAUGAUCCGCCAAGAUCUGCUGAGGCGUGAGGAGGAGCUACGACGCAUGGAGGAGAUGCACAGUGCAGAGAUGCAGAAGAGGAAAGAGAUGCAGCUCAGGCAGGAGGAGGAACGUCGCAUACGUGAGGAGGAGACGCUCCGCCAGAGGGAGAUUGAGGAGCAAAUCCGGCGCAAGCGGGAGGAGGCCUACAGAAGUGGGAACUUCAUGGACAAUAGGGAUAUGAGAAUGACUCAGGGUGGUGCCAUGGGCAUGGCUGACAAUCAAUUUGGCUCACCCAACCAGAAGUUCCCCAUGGGACUCCAAGGCAUGGGGGGACCCAGUCCUGGGGGAGCCAUGAUGCCCAACGAAAUGCGAAACGAGCGGAACUUCCCUCAGGGAGGCCGGGGGGCAAUGGGUCCUAACAACCAAGGGUUUGGCAGGGUCCGUGAGGAGUUUGAUGGGCCUGCCAAGAAGCCCCGCUUUUAAAUCUUUUCAGUGUCCCUCAUAGCAGUGUUUUUGUGUAGAUUCUCUGAACAUCUUCACAUUGAGUCAUUGUUAUAUUUAAGUUGAAAGUGUUCUUACACUUUAGGUUUUUCCUUUUUGAUUUUGUAUUUGUAGUGUGAAAUUGAUGAAUUGGUCACUCUCAGUAAUCACAUAGCGCUAUCCCACCUAUGUAUAACUUUCUUUCCAGUUGUAUCGUGCUCGUGUCGUAAAUGGUGAUAAAUGUAAAAUUUUCUCACCUUUCUAUGGCUGUGUUUUGUGCCAUUUAAGAUUUGAACUAAAACCAUGUAACUUUACAAUAAAGACCUAGUUUGGUUCUUUCCAAA